AUAUAAAUAUAAAAACAAAUAAAUGUUACAAAAAUUUUUUAAGUAUUGGCAACAGAUAUUGCAGCACAUUCCGGUUAACAAUACGACAUUGAAUGCCAUUUGCCAAACGAACCUUUUUGAAUUGCAAAUUAUCAAGUUCUCCAAUUUAUUGUUAACUUAACAUUUACAGAUCCACUGAGGCACGUGCUCAUUAUGGCCUGCAUAGGAACUGUCGACUCGGAUCUGGACUCUGAGGUGCACACAGGCAAAACUCGCAUCAAUUUUCUAUCGCCCACAGAUCAUUCGAAGCGAUCCAAUGUCAGCUCACCCGAUUUUCUAUCGCCACAGCAAUGGAGAUCACGCGACAUGGCGCCGUCCUCCGAUUCGAUGUACGCACGCGAGGCCUCAUCCUCCAACUCAUCGCUGCCGCUAUCGCUGCCCACAGCAGACGCACCUGAAACUUACAGCGAUCGACGCACCAUCGACUCGGUUUACAGUUGGUCCAACACUUGCAGCGGCGUGAGCAAGCACAUGGAGAGCCAGAGCCAGAGCGAGAUGCGAAUGCGAAUACCUUCGCUGAGGCUUAGCUCCAAGGGCAGCACUUUCGAUUAUCUGCGUGAGCUGGGCGAUCUGAAGCUGCCACGCGAACCCAAGAUGGCCUACGAGCAUUGGCGUGUGUCCAAGCUAAAGCUGCGCCAACAGCGGCUGGAGCGCGAGCGCAUCGAACGCCAGGAGGCGCAGCAGAUCAUACAGACGCGCAAAAAAGCAGCAGAAUUCAGUUACAAUAAAUGGAAGCAGAACAAGUUGCGUCAAGCGGCCGAGCAGCGUGCUUCGAGUGCGCAGAACUCAUCGAGCUCUGAAUCGCUGACGAAAAAGUCCGGUAAGAGCAGUCGCAAUGUCUCGCAGGCAGAGAUCCGACAGGUGGUGGAGAGCUGGUGGCACAAGAAGCAGGAGCAGCGCCAGCGCCAGCGCGAGCAGCAGCAGCAGCAUCUGCUGCAGCAGGCAGAGCAGAAGCAGCAGCGCAAACAGCAGGCCGAGCAGGCCUGGCUCAAGUGGGUGAGCAAGGUGUGCGAGAAGCCCAAGCCAGUGCCCCUCAAUCAGGGCAUCAACUCGCUGCGCGGCACCAUCUCCCAGAUUUACAUCAAUCCCGUGCGCUGGCAGUCGCUAAAGAAAGAAAGGUAGCAUCGUAGCCAUCGUCCAGAUGUUAUAAUUAUCUUAAUAUGCAUAUUAGCUAGUAAAACUUGUCCUUAUCCUUGUCCGCGUGUCCAAUGUGUAGUGUAGGCUUAAUGUAAUGUAUCAAUCACAAAAAAAAUAAAAAAAAUUCAAGACGGUUUAGUUAGUCAAAA